GUAACAGAGCCAGCUGCAGAGAAAACAGAGCAAUUCGAAACAGAGCCUCUCUGCCUCUCAACUCCAUUAACCAGCGUAGAGAGAGAGAGAGAGAGAUUUGAUGGGUAUUGAUAUCUUUACUUCACCGACUUGAUGGUUUUUCCAGUCUGCCUUCCAUCAUCAAUGGUAGCUUUACUUUUAUACUGCUUUUGUUGUCUUUUGGAGAGGGAAAAAGGAACGAAAGAAGCCAAAGGUAGUUCCCAUGGGUAGCA